AAAACAUAGGCUGCCGGCGGCACGUGGCCCGGCGGCCUACGGGCUGCUGGAGGAGCCAGUCGCGUCCCUUCGCCGUUCCGCCGCUAUGCCGCGGUACGCGCAGCUAGUGAUGGGCCCCGCGGGCAGUGGGAAGAGCACGUAUUGCUCCACCAUGGUGCAGCACUGCGAGGCGCUGGGCCGUGCCGUGCAGGUGGUCAACCUGGACCCGGCGGCAGAGUUCUUCAGCUAUCCCGUAAUGGCAGACAUCCGAGAGUUAAUAGAAGUGGACGACGUCAUGGAAGAUGAAUCGUUAAGGUUUGGUCCCAAUGGCGGCUUGGUGUUUUGCAUGGAAUACUUUGCCAAUAACUUUAAUUGGCUAGAGGAAAGCCUUGGGCAUGUGGAGGAUGACUAUAUAUUGUUUGAUUGCCCAGGUCAGAUUGAACUCUAUACACAUCUGCCAGUGAUGAAACAGCUGGUGGAGCAGCUUCAGCAAUGGGAGUUCCGUGUUUGUGGAGUUUUUCUUGUGGAUUCACAGUUUAUGGUGGAAUCCUUUAAGUUUAUCUCUGGAAUUCUGGCAGCACUCAGCGCAAUGAUAUCUUUAGAGAUUCCACAGAUUAACAUCAUGACCAAAAUGGAUUUGCUAAGCAAGAAAGCCAAGAGGGAAAUAGAAAAGUACUUGGAUCCAGAUAUGUAUUCUAUGAUUGAAGAUUCUACAAAUAUAUUGAAAAGCAAAAUGUUUAAAAAACUGACUAAAUCUAUAUGUGGAUUGAUUGAUGACUAUGGUAUGGUUCGAUUUCUGCCUUUCGAUCGCUCUGAUGAGGAAAAUAUAAACAUAGUUCUACAGCACAUAGACUUCACCAUUCAGUAUGGAGAAGAUCUGGAAUUCAAAGAGCCAAAGGAAGUUGAAGAGGAUAAAUCUCCUCUUGUGGAUGAAUACUUUCAGGAUCAUGGAGAUGAGUGAAAAACGGAUAUUCAGAACUGGGAGGAAAAUACACUGCUUGUGAUCAACCAUCAAAAGGGGGGGGUGGAAAUCCAUACCUACACAACCACACUUGAUGGUUUUUAUGCAUAAAAUAGUAUUUAUAGUGAACCUUAUUACCUUGUAAUUAUUUUAAUAAACAAUUUUUAUUCUUA